AUGACCAGUUUGUUAAAAGAAAUAUAUGAGAAAACUGCAGAAUAUACAGCAUUUUAUACGGGCGGAGACAUUCAGUGGACUGCAGAUGGAGUACACCUGCUGUGUCAAUGUGAGGAUGUUAUCAAAGUUGUUGAUGUCAAUACAUUCUCUACCUCCCAUAUUAUUGGAGAAACAGAAGAAGAUGGUGAGCCUGAUCAAAUUUAUACUUUCCAAAUGUCUCACAGUAAUAAUUUGGUUCUUACUGCACACAAGAGUGGACUGAUGAAGCUCUGGGAUAGAGAAACGGGAUUACAAAAGAAGGUUUGGAGAUCAGGUCACAAAGGACCAGUUGCUAGGUUGGUUUUUGAUCCUAUAGAUGAAAAUGUAGCUUCUGGAGGUUCUGAUGGAAAUAUUAGAUUGUGGGAUUUAACUCACAACACUUGUACAAGCAGUUUAAGAGGUGCAAUGGGUGUAUUUUCUGUGUUGAAAUAUCAUCCUGAUUUAUCCAAACAGCUGAUAUUUGGGGCAGCGGAUGAUACAAAAAUUAGAUCAUGGAAUUCAAAAAAUGGUAAAGAACAUGUAAUAUAUUCAGGGCAUUUUAGUAAGAUCACUUCCUUACAAUUCACGUCAGAUGGUGAACAUAUGAUUAGUUCUGGAAGAGAUAGAGUGCUUAUCUUAUGGAAGAUAAAUGAAAGCAAGGCAAUCAGAGUACUUCCUGUUUAUGAAAGUAUAGAAAGCACUGUACUUCUGCCAUCAACAUUUAAAAUUCCAAAUUUUAAAAAAAAGUCAGAGACUGAAGGUAUUUAUGUUGCUUGUGCUGGUGAAAAAGGGAUUGUUAAAGUAUGGAAUGUAUUGAUGAGCCGUCUUAUGUUUGAACAAAACAAUAGCCUUGUUUCCCCAGCGUCCGAAGAGGGGGGCCUAGCCAUUACAUAUUUGCUGUUUAAUGAAUUAAGAAAUGUCUUAUCGGUUGUCACUGCUGAUCAUAAUAUUAUUAUCCACGAUUUAGAAACAUUUGAGUGUAAAAAGCAGCUAAUUGGCUUCACAGAUGAGGUGUUGGAUAUAAUAUUUGUUGGUAAAGAAGAAAGACAUAUGGUAGUAGCUACAAACAGCCAAGAUUUGAAAUACUAUGAAAUUGAUAAUAUGAAUUGUGAAAUAUUAAAAGGACAUACUGACAUAGUUUUAGCUCUAGCAUGCUUCCCAACGAAACCUGAAAUGUUUGUGUCUUCUAGUAAAGAUAACUCUGUAAGAAUUUGGAGGCAAGAUGCUGAAAAAGGAGUAACAUGUAUUGGAGUAGGAUCGAGACAUACAGCAUCUGUAGGAUCAGUGUCUACUUCUCAAACAUCAAAUGAUUUUUUUGCUUCUGUCAGUCAGGAUAACUGUUUAAAAGUCUGGGGUGUACCUAAGGAAUUUAUUGCGACUGACCAAAAAAUUAAAUCUACUUACACUGAAUUAGCACACCAAACGGAUAUAAAUUGUGUGUCAGUGUCUCCUAAUGACAAAAUAAUAGCUACUGGCUCUCAAGACAAAACUGCCAAGCUUUGGUCAGAGGAGCUUACAUUAUUGGGUGUAUUAAAAGGUCAUAGGAGAGGAGUUUGGUGUGUGCGAUUCUCUCCUGUUGACCAGGUUGUACUAACAUCUUCAGCUGAUAGUACAAUAAAACUGUGGUCUAUAGCCGAUCUUAGCUGCUUGAAAACUUUUGAAGGUCACGGAAGUUCUGUUUUGAAAAUAGAAUUUCUUAGUAGAGGACAGCAAAUUUUGUCAAGUGGAGCAGAUGGUCUCCUUAAAUUGUGGAAUAUAAAAACAUCUGAAUGUAAAAUGACAUUAGACAACCAUGAUGGCAAAGUAUGGUCUCUUGCGAUUAACAAGAGUGAAAAUAUAGUAAUUACGGGAGGAUCUGAUUCGAAAUUAGUUAAACUAAAUGAUGUAACAGCAGAGAAACGAGAACAGAUGGCUAAAGAAAGAGAACAAGUGAUAUUGCAGGAACAAGAACUUAUGAAUCUGUUACAUGAUAAACAAUUAAUUAAGGCUUUGAGGUUGGCCCUACGCAUGGAAAGACCAAAACAUGUUUUAAAAAUAGUGAAUGAAGUUCUAAAAGAUAGUAGUGUUAAACUAAGUGAAACAUUAAAGGAAAUUAAUCAUACGCAAAAAGAAACCUUACUAAAGUUUGCUGCAGAAUGGAACACUAACAAUAAAAACUGUCACGCUGCGCAACUAGUACUAAACAUAUUGGCGCCGGAAAUAAUAUCAGGCCAUUUAAAAGUGCCUAGCUUAGCUAGUUUUCUUGAAGGCGCCCUACCUUACACAGAAAGACAUUUUGAAAGGUUAACGAACUUAUUGCAAGAUCUAAACUUCAUAACUUACACUGUGAAUUGUAUGCAGCCUCAUGUUACUAGUCAGUAA